GAAACAUUGCUGUUUUACCUGGUGUCCUACACAUUGGCAAACAUACAUUUGUAAGGAACAUGGACUUACACAUUACCUAGCAGGAUGCCCUCUCCCAACAACACCCAGUUCCACCCCUCCUCCUUCUUGUUGCUGGGCAUUCCAGGACUUGAAACACUCCAUAUCUGGAUUGGUUUUCCCUUUUUUGCUGUGUACCUGAUUGCACUCACAGGGAACCUCACUAUUAUGUUUGUCAUCCAGACUGAGAGCAGCCUACACCAGCCUAUGUUCUACUUCCUGGCCAUGUUAGCUACCAUUGACUUGGGUCUCUCCACAGCCACCAUUCCUAAGAUGCUUGGGAUCUUCUGGUUUGGUCUUAGGGAGAUAAUCUUUGAUGCCUGCCUCACCCAGAUGUUUUUCAUCCACAUCUUCACUUGCAUGGAGUCAGCAGUCCUCUUGGCAAUGGCUUAUGACCGUUAUGUGGCCAUCUGCAACCCACUCCGGUACAGCACCAUCCUCACCAACAAGGUUGUUUCUGUGAUUGGUCUUGGUGUGUUAGUGAGGUCAUUUUUUUCUGUUAUUCCAUUUGUAUUUCUCAUUUUGCGAUUGCCCUUCUGUGGGAAUCAAGUCAUUCCUCAUACCUACUGUGAACACAUGGGUCUUGCUCGUCUGUCUUGUGCCAGCAUCAAGGUCAAUAUCAUCUAUGGCUUGGGUGCUAUUUCAAUCCUAGUUUUUGAUAUUAUAGCCAUUGCCCUUUCUUAUGUUCAGAUACUCUGUGCUGUUUUCCGUUUCCCUUCCCGUGAAGCCCGACUCAAGUCUCUCAGCACAUGUGGUUCACAUGUUUGUGUAAUUCUCGCCUUCUAUACACCAGCCCUCUUUUCCUUCAUGACGCAUCGCUUUGGCCGAAAUGUCCCCCGCUAUAUCCACAUACUUCUGGCAAAUCUUUAUGUUAUAGUGCCACCAGUGCUGAACCCUGUCAUAUAUGGAGUCAGAACUAAGCAGAUCUAUGACCAUGUGAAGAAAAUAUUAUUUAAAAAAUGAAGUUAAAAAAGAAUAGCACCUAAUAUGUAUGAGAUGGAAAUUUUAAACAGAAAAAUACCUUGUUAUAUUAAAUUAAGUAAAUUUAAAUGUGCUUGACAUAAAUGUUUAUUUACUUUGGCUCCCUUCAUUAAGCAUACCAAUGAGUUCAGAGAAUGAAAAUUUCAGCUUUGUUAUCCAAUUUGUAUGACAAACUAUGACUUACAAGUUUUUCCAUGUGAUUUUUAUUAUCAUUUUCAGUACAUAUAAAGUAGGAUUUAUAGAAUGUGCCACAUUUUUUGUGUGCAUUAGCUACCUUAUAUUAUUAUUAUUUUUAUGGAUGUUUUAAAUGAUUCCCACUCCUUUUUUGUUUCCAAGCCUCUCUGUAAUUGUUUCCUUCACCCUUUCAUCCUUCAUUAUUGUUUUCCUUUUCUUUUCUUCUCUAUCAUCAGAAAACAAUCUUCUUUUGUUUCAAUGACUGUAUUAUAAUAUCCUGUGAUUUCAUCAUAAAUAUUGUAAACAUACAAACUUGUGUCAUAGAUUAAGUAUUGAUUUUGUAUAUCAAAAGAAGGUGACAAGCUACAAACAGAUCCAUUAUAAAUUUUUGUAUAGAGUCUGUUGCAAAUACAUUUAUGUUUUCCUAACCAAACUAUGGUGCAAACAUAAAUAAAGGAACCACUUACAAUCUAGAGAGUUUUCUUACUUUCAUUUGUUCUGCUUUCUAACUUAUUUUUAGGGUCAUUUUGUAGUUGUUUCCUUUGUUGUUUUUCUUCAUAAGAUUUCAUCAGUUAAAGAAAACUUCAGUUUAGUGCUAGUUCUGUCUUUAAUGUAUAAGUUUCAAAGAUCAUGAAUUUUUUAAUUUAAUAAUAUAGUUAUAGUUUUAUUUUAAAGAUAAGGCAUGAUGGCUUAAUUAUGUAAUUGCUUCUAGAGCAUUACAGUAUAAUGUCAUGCAUGUUGGUAACAGUAGAUACAAAAGAAUUAUUAGCCAUUAGUAUUAUCAGCAUAAUUAUUUUUAUUAUUCUGUUUUGUUUUUUUAUUGUUACCUUUGACAACAA